GGUGAGACUGCACUGUGUCUCCUUUAUGUCAGGCUCUUUUUCCCUUCUCUUUGUAAGGAAGGAAACUUAAUUUGUGGGCCCGGAGAAGAAAUGACACAAUCUUCCCCGCACUGCUCAGUUUGCAGGAGUUGCCAAGUGCUGCUCCUUUUCCUUGUAUCCUUCAAUUCCAAGUCCACAUUUUCCCAAAAGCCAAAGAAUACAGCGGUAACCACCUACAGAUAAAUGAGCAAUUUCAGUAUUUAUUUCCAACUGUGGUAAUUCCUUCAGUUCAGAGGUGACCCUUAAUGUACGGUGCCUGUUUUGAUUCUGACAGAGGUUGUAGUUGCAGCUGACUUUCCGAGGCUGCAAUACGUGGUGGUGGGACAGCCUUGGGCUUCUGCUUUUGCAUUAAUCCCACGUUUCCCAUCUCUGCCUUGCAGCUCUGCUGGAUGCUGGAAGUGGACGGUAUUGCAGUAUGAAUGAAGGAGCAGCUGCUGAUGGGAGGCAGGAAGUCCAGGCUCAUGAACGCUGAGGCAUCUGCCAGUACAGCACCAGAGGAGGCAGUAGUGACGUUGGGGGGCAGUUGCAGAAGAAGAUGAGGAGUUCCCCAGCAGGAAGCCACAAACCCGGCAGGAACCUGCAGGGGAAUCGCAGCAUGUGUGGGUGCCCAGGAGGAAAUGCAGCCCCAGCGUCUGAGCAGCGCCUGGCCAUGGAGUGCUGCGGCCCAAGAACAGCGCUAUUCUGCCCUUGCCGAGAUGGCUUUCCAAGGAGGACUUGUCUGUGGGGGUCAAGGAGGUUAUUCGGGUUAUGUGGGCUCGUUGGGGUCUGUCCUCACAAAAAGCAGAGGGCUGGCUCAUCCAAAAGCUUGGUGAUUGCUUGGAAGCCCAAACCCUUCUGGCCUCCAAUGACCCCAUAGGCCCGACUGACCCCAUAGACCUUUUUGACCGAGUGACCACAGUGACCUCACAUGAACCAUAUAACCCCACUGAUCCUCAUGAUCCCAAUGAUCCCACAUGGGCCCAGUGACCCCACAUGACCCCACUGACCCCACCGAUCCCAAAGAUCCUAAUGAUACCCAUGACCCCAUAAGACCCCAACAACCCAUUAACCCUACUGACCCCAGUGACCCCAUUAAGCUCAUAUGACCCUAUUGACCCCACUGACCCCAUUAAUCCCAAUGACUCCAUUGACUCCAAUAACCCCCACUGACCGCAUUAAGCCACUUGACCCCAAUGAACCAAUUGACCCCAAUGACUCCAUUGACUACAAUGACCCCAAUAACACCCUUUGACCCUAAUGACCCCCAUUGCCGCAGGGACCACAUUGACCCUUAUGAUCCGAUUGAAUCCAAUGACCCCAUUCACUUCAAUGACCCUAUUUACUCCAAUGACCCCACUGACACCAAUGACCCCAUUCACUCUAAUAACCCCAUUUAAUUCAAUGACCACAAAGACCCCUAUGGCCCCCACUGACCCCAAUGACCCCCAUUGACCCCAGUGACCCCAUUGACUCCAAUGUCCCCAUAGACCCCAAUGACCCCAUUGUCUCCAAUGACCCCAAUCAGGAUGCAGCCUGGGGGAAACGUCUCCUGCUUCGAAUCAUGCAGCACCUGAGCGAGAGGCUGACCCAGCCUGGCUACACAACAAUCGUGUGUAUUUCUCUCUUCUGAUGCUUCACAGAACCCCAUUGGGUGAGCCUCCUGUUGGUUUCUUCAAAUUUGGUACCAAUCCUGGGGACCAAAACCACAGCCUGAAAGGCUGGAACCAGUCCAGGUGCUUAAAGCCACAAUGCCAGCUGCAGAGGCCAGAAGCAGCCAAGGGCCUGAGGCCACAGACACAGGCGGGGAGCCCAGCACUGGCCCUGGGACUUAAAGCCACAGCCGGAGAGGCUGACAUCAGCCCUGGGACUCAAAGCCCCAAACACGAGAUGCUGGCACAGGCCCUGGGUUUAGUUUUCUACGGGUUCCCCUGGGACUCCAUUGACCACUCUGAGGCCAUACUGGUCUUGACUGGUUUUUACUGGGCUGCACAACAGUCAUCUUCACUUCUCCAUUAUUCAAAUAACCCCACUGGGUGACCCUGGUGUUGGUUUCCUAAGAUGUGGAUCAGGGAGUCGUCCAUUUCCUUCGCUUAUGAUGAAAGCACGGAAGCGAUGCGGGCACUCGCUGAGGUCACAAUCACUGCUGGGGUGGCAGCGUUUCCGCCACAGCUGGUGAGCAGAGCUGGUGCUCUGGUGAGCGUGCUGCACACCGAGGCUGAGCUCUGGGCCUUCCGUGGAACAGAUCACCCUGUGAGAGCCCGUCAGAAGCACCGCGUGUGCACUCGUCGGUACUCUCUGCAGGGUUCCUGUCCCAAGGGAGAUUUUGGGAUCGAGGCAGUCGGAGGAAGAGGGAAGCCAGCUCUUUGCAAGGGCCGGGGAAGUUCCUGUGCACAGAGGCCUGGGACCUUCAGCUUCCUCUGAGCCUUCAGCAGCCAUGUCUCAGCACGGAGACGACCGCGGUUCCAAUUGCUGCCGUCUGAGUGGCAAGAAGCGGCGCGGCGCGGUUCCCCGCGGUUGGGAGCAGCAGCCAGCAGGCUGCCAGAGAUCCGACCGCGCCUUCCAGCGCACAGAGGGACGCAACAGGGACGGACGGUCCUUCAUGCCAUACAGAAGUGAGUUUCUUCAGCCCUCUGUCGUGAAGUGUGGAGGAAUGAAUUUUGAGUAUUCGUUCUGGGCGGGUGCAGCGCUGCAGGGGAUGUCAAGUGAGCAUCCAUUUGGAGUGCAGGAAGGAGCAGUGAGAAGUGAACUCUCAAUCAGUUUGUGUUUGGGCUGUCCAAGUAGCCUCUUUCUGUUUUCUGGGGGGACGUGGGCAUACUGGGCAGUACUUCUGCUGCCUGCUGGUGUCUGUGAAAUCAACACACCAUCUGUUGUUGUAGGGAUGGAGCCUGCGCGUCCAUGGAGUGGUGCUGGGCAAGGCUGGAAACGCAAAGCCUCCGCAGAAGCUGAUGCGAGCGGCCUUCCAGCAAAGCGCAGCCUUGCAGAAAGGCAAGGCAGAAGCGCCCAGUGUGGCACAGCACCCAAGAGAGAGAUUGGUGCUGAGCCAAAUGCCAAAAUCUAUGUCAAAGUGGUCCAGCAGGUCCAUACUGAGAGAGCUUCUCAACAGGCAGCAGCUCAAGCUCCUCUCCAGGCUGGAGGUCCUAUUAGAAGAGCAGGUCCCAGCACAGGGGGAAGACCUUCCCCUGCCGUGUGCCCCCGCUCUGUCUCCAGCACCCUGGCUGGAUAUAAACGCAAGGCCUUGGAGGAAGAGAAACCAACAGCAGCUCAGCUGCCUUCCAAUAAGAGAGUGAGGGGGCCGAGUGGAGACGGCGUGCCGGCUCCAGCAGCACACCCUGGGCCUGCUGCAGCGCGGAGCUCCAAGCAAAGAGAAAGAAGACGACAACGAAAAGAGAGGAGAGUGGAGCUGAAGAAGGCUGCCCUCAGAGCUGCCGCUGCACGUGCAGAGGCCUCCGCAGUGGACAGCCUUGUGGAGAUGAUGCAGAAGCUGCAGCUGAAGGACUGAGAGGAGGAGCGUCAGCAGGCAGCAGCUUCUGCAGUGCGCGGCGUUACAGGGCAGCGCUGAGUGCCGCCCAUCUCAGCACUCCACCUUCAAACGUAGUCAAUAAA